AUGAAAGCCAUCCAGGUGACGAAAUACGUCUCCGGACCCCAAGACCUCUUCGUGACCACGCUGCCCACGCCCGCCCCCCAUCCCACGAAAUACCUGAUCAAGAUCCGCGCCUGCGGCACCAACUUCUUCGACCUCCUGCAGAUCCAGGGCAAAUACCAACACCAACCGCCCCUGCCAUGGAUUGCUGGCAUGGAGUUCGCCGGCGUGGUCGUCGCCACGCCCACCACCCGUGAGGGGUCCAAGAGCGCAGUCGCCAGCAGCCUGGACGGCACGAUCAGCACGCAGACGGACCACAAGUUCAAGGUCGGGGAUAAAGUGUUUGGUGCCACACACGGGGCGUACGCAAGUCACAUUCUGGCGGCCGAGGACUCGCUGUUCCCCGUCCCUGCUGGCUGGAGCUUUGCCGACGCUGCUGGCGUGUACGUGACCACCCCCACAGCUUACGGUGCGCUGGUGGUACGAGCGAACGUCCAGCCGGGUGACUGGGUGCUGGUGCACGCCGGUGCUGGAGGUGUCGGUCUGUCGGCGGUCCAGAUCGCCAAAGCUCUAGGGGCGACCGUCGUUGCCACGGCUGGGUCGGAGCGCAAGAGGCAGGUCUGCUUGGACUAUGGGGCAGAUUACGUGGUGGACUACCGUGAUAAGAGCUGGCCGCAGAAAGUGAUCGGGCUGUGUGAGCAGCACCGAACAGGCAAUGGCAAGCAAGGCGUGGACAUCGUCUACGAUCCAGUUGGCAUGAUCGACCCCUCGAUUAAAUGCAUCGCCUGGAACGGCCGGCUCCUCGUCAUCGGAUUUGCCGGCGGCACCAUCGAGAAGGUCGCCAUGAACCGAGUCCUCCUCAAGAACAUCAGCAUCGUGGGUCUGCAUUGGGGUGCGUACGCCCAGAAAGAGCAGGGCACAAUCCCCAAAGUCUGGCAAGGCAUCUUCGACCUGAUCAACUCAGGCAAACUGAGGGGCAUCACAUAUACCGACAGGCACUACACGGGUCUAGAAGAGGUCCCUCAAGCGCUGAUUGCCCUGGGUGCACGCGAUACCUGGGGUAAGGUGGUCGUGGAGCUGGACGAACACUAUGGGGAUGAGGGCAAGAGCAAGCUGUGA